AUGGAGAAUGUGAAUAGUAGUGGAGCCGGCGGCAACCACAUUGGGCAGGUUUCAGCGAAGCUGUUUGUGAUGGCAAAGGAGAAACAUAAGUUUCUUGAAGCUCAUGGGCUGGAGCAAUGGUGGUCCGACGAUGCGCAGCGCCUGAAACUAGGCCUCCCCAAUAGCAAGCUCAUGAGCAGGCAGCUUAAAUCAUUAUGUACCCUACCAGCUCAACCAACACAACCCAAGCUACAGCAGCAAUAA